UUUUUAACAUGAAAGAUGCAUAAAAUAUCCUAACCUUAAAAUUAAUAUUUGUGUUUAUCUAGAAAUAAGAAUAAUGUCAUUGUUUCCUGCUUAUUCAAAUGAAAAUGUAAUUGAAUCAACAAAAGACAAUGUUACACAACAAUUGGAUAAUGCAUCAACAAACUGGUUAACAAAUUCGAGUUUUCAAACAUGUGUACAUUCAGAAACACUUGUAGUAGAUAUUUCUUCAGAUAAUUCAUCGGAUAAUGAUUUCCCUAUUUCCACCGAGGUUCCUAUUUCAAAUGCAUCUACUCAAGAAGAUAAACAUUCCUAUUAUAAUUCCAUUGAAUCGACUAAAUUAAGCGAGGAUAAGAAAAAACUAUCUAAACGUACAAGAAAACAUAAAAAAGAACGAAGAUCAAGCAGUAGAAAGAAAGUUAAACAUGAAUAUGCACGAGAUGUUGCUAACAUAUAUUUUGAAGAUAAACAUCGAGAUAAAUUAUUCGGUACAGUGAAAACGCUAUGUUCUAGAGUAAGACCAUAUUAUAAUGUCGGAAACAAGUAUCUUGGUUUUGUUUCUUAUAAGAAAAUGAAGAAAAAUGCUUAUCAAAGAUAUCAUGUGUAUAACAUUGAUGCGACAGAAAAAGCUAAAAAUAAAGAUACGAUAAUUAAAAGGGAAAUCGCAAAGAAUGACACACCAAAUAAAAAUGAACAAAUGCCAUCUUGGUGUACAAAUUUGGAAGAAGAGCAAACAUCUAAAACACGAGAAUACAAUGAAAAGUUAAUGCAAGAUCCUAAAAACAUAAAACUGUGGUUAGAGUACAUAGAAUUUCAGGACACUCUAGCUAAAUUUCAAAAAAAUCAAAUAAGCAAGAACAUUCAACGUUCAACGGUUAUAAAGAAGUUAUCAAUCGUCGAGAAAGCCUUAGAACAAAAUUUAGAUUGUACUGACUUGUUAAAGUUAAAGUUACGUUUUAUGGGAGAAAUAUCACCUGCUGAUGAAUUUUCUAAGGAAAUGGAAACAUUAGUUAACAAGGACACGGGAAAUGUUAUUUUAUGGCAAGCUUUAAUUAUGGCUACGCAAGGUUCAGUAGCGAUAUGUACAGUUCCUAAAGUUUUAGAUUUAUAUACCAAAUGUUUUUGUGUAUUAAGACAACGAUCUCGUACAAAUCCACGUAUUUACGAUGAACGAUUAUUAGAAAUGCUAUACCAGUGCUUAAUUUUUUUAAGACAUACUGGUUUAUGGGAACAAAUGUGGGAAACAAUACGUUUAAAUCUCAUAUUGAAUCUUAAUUUGAAUAGAGACAGCUUAAUUUUUAAAAAAAUUAUUGACGAAAAGAAGCUAAUUGGAAUGGAAGAAGUGGUAUUAAUGUCAAGAUUACCGUUAAAUCAAUUAUGGUUGAGAACAGAAUUGUUAAGAGAAAAUUGUCAUUGGAUUAGUGUUAGUAAAGAAGAAUUAGAAUUAGUUGGAGAUUCUCGUAGAUUUGUCAUACCGGAAGAUGUUGCUGAUUUUGUACAUCCAAUAAUUAGUCGUGAUUCGAAUUUUCGUAUGGCAAUUUACAGUCUUUUAGUUUUAAAAGUACCAUUAUUACCAACAAGAGAUUGCAUGUUGAAGGAUUUAGGUUUGAAAGAAUUUUCAUGGGGUGUGGAUUCUUCAGAAGUAUUAUUUCCACUUGCAUAUCCAACAGUAGGAGAGAUGGCUGGUCAUAAAAAGAGGAAAGCAUUGAUACAUGGAAUACUCGAAGGACAUUUAGUUUCUGGACCUCAGUAUCUUAAAUUUCAUCCUGCACAAGAACCAUACUUAGAUUUUAUACGUGAAACGUUUCAUACAAUCGCUGAUAGUUUACCAUCCCUUGAACGUAGUAAUAUAUACGUAUGGUGGUUAAGAUUUGAAAGAUUACUUGUUUUUCUUAACAAAGAUGAUCCUUUAAAACACGAUAAUAAAGGGAAAAAAAUAAAAUCUAUGUUGAAAGAAUUUUUGAAGAAAGAUGUUAACAGAAAUAACUUACAUUUUUAUAAAGAAUAUGCUUUAAUAGAACGAGAAAUGGGUAAAUUUGAAAGCUGUAUUAAUAUUUUAGAGACAGCUAUUCAAUCUAAUUGUACUCUGUCUAUGAUAUCAAAUCCCGAAGAAAAGGCUGCUUUAUUUAAUUUAUACAGGACACUUUUUGAAACUUUAUUAAAUACUGAGACUUACAAAGAAGCACACAAAGAAAAAAUAUUGAAUGUCAUUAAGCAUAUGAUACCAGAAUCAACUGACAAUCAAUUAUUACUUGUCGAGAAAUACUUGAAAGAUUGUGUCAAUGAUUUUUUAAAGAUAGAACAUAAGAAUGAAAAUAAAGAUACAUUUUUCUUAUCAAAUGUAUAUUGUGAUGUAAUCGUAUGUUAUACGUUAUUUUUGUAUGUAAAAGAUAGUAAUAUCGAUGAAAUAAUUAAUAUAUAUAAAUGUUGUAUAGAACAUUGCAAAGAAGUAUCUCAUUUACAGGAAAUGUUAUAUGAAAGUGAGCUUGCAAUUUUACAAUUGCAUUAUGAAAAUUUUCCUGAUGUGGAUAAUAAUGUAAAUAAAAUGUUAGACAAUAUGUUAAAAUUAUAUCCAGAUAACUUUUAUGCACUGUCUAUUUAUGCCAAUAAACAGAGUGAAUUGCCAAGCUGGAAAUUUAACAAUCAAAAAUCUGUGCUAACGAUUUGGAAAGCUUUAUCCUUGUGUUUAGCUGGACGUAAGCGAACACAAUUUUUAAUGCAACUUGGUCAUGAUGCAGCUUCUGCGUCGCUUAACAAAUUAUUAUCGCUUCAUCGAAUAUUUGCAAGAACACCAGAAAUAAGAUCCUGUCCACUUUUAUGGAGAAUAUACAUGCUUCUUCUUCGAGAAUAUAAUUUAUGCGAGAAAAAAGGAGAAGAAGUUUAUCAUGAAAGUGUAGUAUUGUGUCCUUGGGCGAGAAGUAUUUAUAUCGAUGCGGCUGAAGUUGCACCGCAACUUUUAACGCAAAUACAAGAUGUUAUACGUGAAAAAGAAUUACGAAUGCACGUUACGCCAGAAGAAUUAAAUAUUUUGCGUGGCCAUUUAUAAAAAAUAAUUA